AGACAACAGAAAACUUAGUUGACAUGGCGGAAUAAUCAGCUGUUAAUUGCAAUGCUAACGAAUAAGUGGAAUAUUUCUCGUAGUGAGUUGUUCAGUGUUUCGUUUGAUGAAGAAAUAGAGGUGUCAAUAAAAUAGUGAAGUGUGAAAGCAAGCCAGAAUGUCGGGUCGGGUAAGGAAGCAGUCGGACUGCCCCGUGAGCAAGCAGGGGCCUAUGCGAGCAACGCUGCCGGUAUCAUCAGUAAUGAAGAGUGGCGGCCUCAAGAAGAAUGCCAGCAACAGUCCGACGCUGUCACCAACUAACGCUUGGCGUCGAAUAUCACCAGAUCACGCCCUGUCUGGACAGCGAAGCCCUGGCGCUGUCAAUUACAAAGGCAAAAGUAGAUUUGGCGCUAGUGUGAUUAGACGUACAGCGUCACUGGACACGCUGUAUCAUAAAGGACAAUGGUCCAGGGAUUACUAUCAACACGCUAGCCAGUUGCAAAUUGAUAAGUCUACACAAACUGAUGACGGAGGUGGGGCAUCAGGACGUUCGUCCCGCAGUUCUGACGAUGACAAGCUAGACCGUUUCUUACGUAGUCGCCUUCAGAGACCACACAAACCUUCUGCGUCCGGAGAUUACUCCAGCCAUUCUAUGAGCACUGCUCUAUGGUCCCGUUUUGGAGGUAGCAGCGUCCCAUUAAGAGCAGCCAGAUCAUCUGUCGAAGGCCUCAAUCAGGAGAUUGAGAGACUUGUGCUGCAACCCGCCAGUGGCACUCAAACUCCACAUUUAGAUCGGCUAAGAGACAAGGUGACACCAGAAGGGCACCGCGCGCCUCUUGCAGAGCUUUUGAGGCGUUCUGUAAACACACAGACACCACACGACCUGUGUCAUACUGCUCACUCUUCAGGAGGCAGCGUGUGCUCGUCUCCAGAUCUCGACGGGUCUAAGUUAGGAACAUCUCCGCAAAUUAAUCGCUUCUUAGCUCGCGAACCUCCAGAUGGUUGUGAAAAGGUGAACCUGAAAGCGGGUGAAGGGACAUCGUCGGAUUCGGUGUCCGUAAUGAAGCCAACAGUACCAGGCUUCACACUGCGGCCAUCUCUCGGGUCUGCGUUCCAGCCGCUGCAGCCGACAUCGCCCCCGUCCCCGCCAGCCCCCCACUGACUUACACCGAUGACCUCGGACGCCGCCCCGGCUGACGGCGCGCGGCGUCCCUCCAACUGGCACUAACGCUAGUGCCCACUCUACGGACUAGAGGGUUCCCUAUCUACCAAACAUUAACUUGCGUUUCACUAACCCUCACUUUAAACGUCCUAUGUUUGUUGAAGUUGGAACUGACAGUUCCCAACUCCACGUUAGUUCGACGCAGCUACUUUGUGGCGUACAAAUGAAACAUUAUUGUACACGACGGUAUGUUGUUGCGAGCUAGUGGUUUAUUUGUACAGUAACAAAAUAGCGUAGUUUCCCAUAGCACUGCAUAAAUGCUAAAUGUUAAUUACUUAUUACAGAAGUUAAACGUGUUAGUGGCAUCCAAAGUUUUAUCACCUAUUCAUAAUAACACGUUUUUAAUUAAUCUGUUGUGACAAUAAUAAACAUUCUUUAAAUGUAUUGUGACGAAAUUAAGAUGUCCUUUGAUACACAUAGUAUUGAAUGUUUGUCAAUUUCCAUCAAAUUUCGAGUGAGAGGAAGAAAUAGAAAUGUCCCAAUGUAUUGAACCGUUUUAGACUUGCAAUUACUUUGCACAAAUUACUACUUUGACAAACAGAGCAACCAAAGCAAUUUAAUCGCAGCAUUAGAUUCACUAACGAAGCCAAACAAAUGGCAAAAAUAUUUCAUACAUACACAAGUACCUACAAAUUGUUUUUUAAGUAAGAUUGCCCUGAUAUUAUUUUAAUGAUUGCAUUAGGUAAUGAGGGAGCUAUUUUUCUAAAAUGUUUUAUUUAGAUAUUUUAGCACUCACUGCUCCAGCUUAAUUUGUUUACAUGACUGGAUAUAUAUUUGAUCUCAUUUUAUGUAUUAUUUUAAAAUUAUGUACAUAACACUACAUGUUGCAAGCAUAGAAUUUUAAAGUGUUAUAGUAUGAUAAGUCAUUUUUUAUUUUCAAAAUACAUGAAGUUUUUGUUAAUGUAAUGAUUGAAGAUAAAUUACUUCGGACCAAAUUUCUAAAAGGGCCAGAUCAUCUUAUUUGUGGUUAUGGAUAUAUUGGUUGCUAGAACGAUUUUCUAAUGCAAAAGAGCUUUAACUUGUGGGAUUUGAUAAAAGAAAAUGUAAGUAAGAAAAUAGACUGAAUUUUUAAACUUUACUCAUACUUUGAUACAGGUAACUUGACUUUAUUUGUUAUGUAGUGUAGUGUACUAUAAAGUGCCUAUUAUGGACAUGCUUACUUGUUUCUUUACUCUUCAAUGAAUAAGUUCGUAACUCAGUAGUAGUUGAUUUGUUUCACAAAUUCGAUGUUUGAUAUGUUUCGUCAGUAUCUGUAUCAGGUACAUGAGGAAUUUGUUCGCGUAACGUUCGUUUAGGGAAGUUUGGACCGCACUUGUUGGAUUUCUCAUUUUGGCCAAAAUGCAUUUUUAUCAUCGAGACUGAUAAUGUAGUAUGUUGACAACUUACACAUAAACAUAGUUAGAUCUGCUUUUGGACAUACGCAAUUAUUUUUUAAACCUUUUUUAAUAUUCGACGGCAAAUAUAUAUUUUGGAUGGCUCACCUUUGGGAAUAUAUAGUAUUUUAAUCUUAUCAUUGCUCAAACAAAAUUUUUAUUAAGAGCCACAACUUAUGAUAUACGCCGAAUUUGAAGAUGUAACGUGGUGAUUAUAAUAUUUCAAGUUGCUGAUGUAAAUUAGUACCUAUUGAUUAUUACGAUAUUGGUUAUUCAAUAAACAAAUGUGAUAAUGUAAGAGAAACGGUCGAAUCUGAAUGUUGAUCGUGGCUUGACAACUUUCGAUACUGCUAAGUACUAGUGCUGUUGUAACCAUGUCUGGACAUGUUGCACAAAAUGGACAGUAUCCAUAAGUUGUGAAGAAUUAUCGAAGGUGCUGCGUAGUGACUAUAAGUGUGUACAGGCUGACCGACUUGUGACAAAGGAGCAGGGUGUUUGGGAUGCGAUUAUAUUGUGUAAGCAAUCGCACUUGACAGCAGAUAGCAUUUUCGAAUUGACUGCGAAUGUGACAAACAAAACCAGUAUCUGACGCUAUGAAGAAAAACGUUUUGGGAAUGUACAAAAAGUAUUAUCAUCAUUCAUUUUAACCUACAUAACGAUUGUGUGUAUGCAUAAAUUAUGUAUGCUGUAUAAAAUGCCACUACAGUCGUAAUGAUUUGACAUUUUUUAAUAGUGAUUAAACAUAUUGUGC